UAAAAGACGGCUCUAUUUGAUGCCUUUUAGUAAGACACUAAUGUUCGUUACUGAACACGUUAAAUUUUUUUCGAGUUUCAAAUUACAAUUAUUUUUGAAAACGUUAAUUAUUAAUUGCCACGAUGAUUUUUAAUAAUUCCCUAAUAUUUACAAUAUUAUUUAUUGCGACCGCUGUGAGAUCCGCGGAAUUAGAAUUUACUGAUCUCAGUAGCAUAGAAAAGUUCGUAGCGAAUAUUAUAAAAUUUAAUGGCAGUCAUAAAAUGAACAAUUACAGUCUGAGUGAAGUUGAUAAAAAUGAAAUUACAAAGAAAAUAUUGAAUGAUUCGGUGAAUCUCAUGGAUAAAAUGCAAGCAAUGCAGGGAAGUAGUAGUCGGCUGGCUCAUUCUGAGUCGAUUUAUUUGACGCAUUUUAUUGACCAAUUGGACAAACAUAAGCCACGGGGUGAAUAUUUAUACUGGGGACAUUUUUCACGUGUACUGGACACAAUAAAUCAUAAGAGUGAAGGCAUUUCUUCGUAUGGUGACUUAUUAUCUUCUGUGGGUGGUUCUCUAAUGUUCGACGAUGACAUGAUCAAGUACUGCCGGAUACUUGUUCCUGUUACAAGCAGAUUGAUAUUUGAUGGGAGGACGAACAUAAUUCGAGAGUAUCAGAAAUUUAUUGAAGGUCUUAGGGAAGUAAUGAAAGAUGAGGAUUCGCACAAUUUUUGUGGUAAAACAUGGUCAUUCAAUUUAGGUAUAUAUUAUUUAUAUGAGCAAGUUUUUAUGUCACGUGUACAAGAAUUUUUAAUGAUCCAUCAUUUGGAGAAAUUGAAUCAUCUGUGUCGCGAUUACGAUCUAUUUGAUAGCUGGUUCCGGGAGGACGAUAAAAUAAUGGAUGAGUUGAAGGAAUUAAAACAACUAACCAAAGAUUUGCUAUCCGAGAGGCGACAUUAUCUUCAUGCAUGUGAUAUCGAUAAACCCACGUAUGAAGCUUCUCAUUAUGAAUUGAAGCGGAUGAUACAGACAGUAAUAAUCAAAGAAGAAGAUUUAACUACUGAUGGGUCCUGUAGUCACAAUUGUAAUUUACGUUACAUAGAUACGAUUAAUACUACAGAAUGUGAUGAAUAUUACAAUUGUCACUUUAGUAGUCGCAGCUAUAAUAUAUGCGAAACGACGUGUAAUUCAAGACGUUAUCAAUGGUUUAAUGUCAGCAAUGGAAUAGUUUAUGGUAACGGAAGUAAAAAAUGUGAUUUACCUAUGAAAUUUGUGUCCAGUAAAUUUGCAUUCUUUAAAUUCCGUUACUGCGAUUAUUGCAUGUGCACUUGUCUUAAAAAAACUAACGAUAAAGAAACGAUUUCUGCGAUUAGCUUCAGAGAACAAGUUACCGAUAUUGAUAAAAACAUGGCUGUUGUAGGUGUAAGAUUUGUUGAGAGUAAUCACAUGAUUCAUGUGCAAAUAAGAGAGAAACACAUGGAAAAAUUUGGUUUUACAUCACCAGAUUCGUGGAAAGAAUUGGAAAAUAUUCAAUACAAUGAAACAGGCAAAAAUUUUUACAAUUCUGACAACACUGUACUUAAACCGGGAAUUGACUAUGGGCAUCCUAAGAUUGUUAAUUUUGAUGACUUGAUUGCACCAAGAGGUUAUGUUAUAACUGGGGUAAGAUUACGAUUUGCGGUUGAUGGAGACAAAAAGCCAGACUUAGAUGCUGCAGCUAUCGAACUGCACAUCCGCGUCACGCCUUUUGAUUACUUCACAGGAAAACUCAUUAAUCUGACCCAGACUCACUGGAUUGUUCCAGAAUAUACCUCGAGGAGGGAAUUGAUCCUGACUGAUCCAGACAAUCCAUUGAAAUCACCAGUUAAUGUAAUUGAUUCAAAAAAAGAUCAGUUCAUAAGAUUCCGUAAUUCGAAUUUGAAAAAAGAUGCCGGACAAACAACGGUACCGUUUUUUGAUGCGCAAGAUGUAACGGGCAGUCCAUUAUAUCCUUUAGGUGGAAUGGGAAUAAUUCACCGCGGCCAUGAGUGCUAUGGCGGAUUUUUGGCAUUCAAAAUUUAUGAUAUGAGUUUGGCUGGCGUAUUUAAUUAACAGUAACAUUAGAACGCUUCAGGAGAGAGAAUUUUUUUAAUUUUUAAACCUUUUUUGCUAUCGUCCCUAUUGCGCCACGUGUCAGUUACUAUUAGCAUCAGCAUCAGAAGUUGCUACCACGACCGAAGAUUUCUAAGCUACUGCGCAAGCGUUAAAAUAAGUGAAAAAAUUUUAAGUACUUAUAAUACCUAGAGUGGAAGUAAAAGUCGAAAACAUCUGAAGUGAACUCUUGUAUGAGGAAAAUUUUUAGUUAAAAAAUAUUGUACUUUUUUCUGGUUAUCGAUAAUAAAAAAAAUAAUUUCUUCAUACAUGUUCUAUCAAUUUAUUAACACUAAUUAUGUUUAAUUACAAAUUCUGAAUAUUUAUGUGUAUUUAUUUUUUCUUUUAAUUAGUUGUUGUUGUUAUUGUAAAUUAUUUAUAAUUUAUUUCUUUUUAGCGGCUAACAAUGACAAGCCCACGGUAAAAUAUACAUAUAUAU